AUGGCGCGCAACUCCGGGCUGUCAGCGGCCUUGGUGCUGCUUGGCGCAGCAUGCGUGCUGUACAACGCGGUAGCACCCGCAUUUGUGGCGACAGGUCUGAACAGGAGGGAAGCUUUGCAGGCGGCCAGCCUCUCGAUCGCUACCCUUGGAACUCAGGCAGCAUGGGCUGAUGCGCAGGGUGAGCCGCUCGCCUGCCUCACCAGGUAUGGCCCGCAGAUCCUGAAGCUGCAGGCUGCGGUGGACAAGGGCGACAUGGAGACUAUCCUGAAGAAGGAGCCCAAGUUCAAGCUCCUGAACAGCUACUGGAGGAACGAGCCGGCCCUGUUCACCAAGUACUCCACCCUGGCCGAGCAGCUGCUUGAGGCGGCCGACGAGGGCAAGAAGGAUGAGGUGAAGAAGCUCUAUAAGGAGUACACCUCUGACCCGAUCUUCGACGCGCUCAAGACCCCCAUCAAGCGUGGCCACCCCAUGUCCGUCUACAACAACGGCGCCGGCAAUUCCUACGCGGACAUGUGA